CCGUUAUUCCUCUUAUCGAGUUCUCUUCAAAUUUUGACAUUUCCACAUUCUUCGCCAUCUUUCAAAUUAGAGAAUGGAAAAAUUAUUAGAAAAAGAAAUAGAAACAAGAAGAAAUUGCACAAAAUCGUAAUACAAAAAUAAAAUAUAACUCCUCAAAAACAUAAGAAAGAAAAAUUAUAUCAAAAACACACAAGUGAUAAGAAUUUUCUCAUUUGUUUCAAAAAUAAAAUCAAAAUCAAAAUUGAAUUCCUUGGCUCUUGAACUUCUUCAAAUUCCCUCUGUGCGAACGUUCGGGCAGCCAGUCCCAGCCUCAGUCCAGUUCCAGUUAAGUCGUCAAUAGUUGCUUAGCCUUAAUCGUUCCAAAAACAACAAAUUUUCUAGUCGCUAGUCGUCUUCGCCAUCGCCUUUGCUAACUUCUUCCAAGUUGCUAACUUGCUUUGCUUACAAGAGCACCAAAUAUUUGCAUAAUAAAUUACUUAUCGGUCACAAUGAGUUGCGAGUGAAUAAAAUCACAAGAUAAAUAAUUAAAAAAACGGACACAAGAGUUACGAAAAAAUAAUGUUGAGCUCUUUGAUUGUGAUAUAAGACAACGCGACGUUGAAGACGACAAAGGUAAAAACGAGGAAAAAGACGCAGCUGCAGUUCUUGUGAAGAGAUCCGGGUUAUGCGAGAGAAGAGCACCGCUUCGGCUCUGGACGUGGUUGCCAAACUCCAAGUGAAAUCCUCAUAAAUAAAGAAGGAAACACCUAAUUCCAAAAAUUUCAGUGAGUUCUUCGAAAAUUGCCCAAUGACCGUCACAACCAUCCAUACAAUGGAAGUGAAAUCGCAUGUUAAUCCUCCAGCUUUAAACCAGGCCGUAGCAGGAGCUUCCAAGAGUUACUACAAACCGCUGCGCACAGGUGAGGAUGAUGAAGUCAAGGUCUUGCUAAUAAAUGAGAACUAUCACCGCGACGGUGCCAGUGAGACAGACGUGGACAUAGACGCUGACGUAGCUGGCGGAAGUGUAAGUGUUAUGGGUCUGAAUGGAGAAGAUACUGUGAAGGAGGCGUGGGGCGAGAAUCAGGUUACCUGGUUGGAUGACGACGAAGAGAUCGACAACCUCGACUUGGAUGUGGGGCAUAUGUUCUUCAAUCGUGUGGACAGCACCGAGAUUAUCUACCAGCCCAAGAAGAAGAACAUCAAAAUGGUCGGGAAGUACAUGAUGGGCGAUGUCCUUGGUGAGGGAUCCUAUGGCAAGGUGAAAGAAGUCCUUGACUCUGAGAAUCUGACGAGGCGAGCUGUGAAGAUCCUAACCAAGCGAAAAUUGCGGAGGAUCCCCAAUGGAGAACAAAAUGUCCAGCGGGAGAUACAACUUCUCAAGAAUUUGCACCACAAAAACGUCAUCCAACUUCUAGAUGUUCUUUACAACGAUGAAAAACAAAAGAUGUACCUUAUCAUGGAGUAUUGCGUUGGAGGCUUACAAGAAAUGUUAGACCAUGCGCCUGAAAAGAAAAUGCCUUUAUUUCAAGCUCAUAGAUACUUUCGGCAGUUAAUCAAUGGCCUGGAGUAUUUGCAUGGCUGUCGAGUCAUUCACAAAGACAUAAAACCUGGCAAUUUAUUGCUAACGUUGGAUCAGACUCUGAAGAUAUCAGACUUUGGGGUGGCAGAGCAGUUGGAGACGUUUGCCGAAGAUGAUACGUGCACAACGGGACAGGGGUCGCCGGCAUUUCAGCCACCAGAAAUUGCAAAUGGUCAAGAAUCGUUUUCCGGUUCUAAAGUUGAUAUAUGGAGCAGUGGGGUGACUUUGUAUAAUCUAACAACUGGGCAAUAUCCAUUCGAGGGAGACAACAUUUAUAGGCUAUUAGAAAAUAUUGGACGCGGACAAUGGGAGGCACCACAUUGGCUCUAUCAAUUAGAUGAAAAAUUAGCUCGACUAGUCUUGGGGAUGUUGCAAUCGGAUCCAGAAAAACGCUUUACUAUUCAACAAAUUCGAUAUGAACCUUGGUUUAUUUCUGCUCCAGAAGAAAAAGGACCACCAAUUCCCAUUCCACCAUUAAAAAAUGACAAGUAUCGUCGAUCCACAGUACUGCCUUACCUAGAUGCUUUCCAUUAUGAAACUGAAUACGAUCAGGAGGAUAAUUAUUUCACCGAACACGACCUAAAUCAGGAACUUGCCCGACAAGCUGCUGCUGCAGCAGCUGAAAUAAAAGCCAAAAAGAAUGCCGCUUCUGCAUCGAAUCCAACGAUUUCAUCAGCAGGCACCUCGGCCGCUGCUGUUGCAUCCUCCAAUAGUCUCAAAGAAAAUAAAAAGCAUCAUUCUUCGUCGGCGUCAUCGCUCAAAAGGCGAGCGAAGAAACUCACAUCGUGUAUAUCGGUUAGAAAAUUAACCAAUUGCCGACCAUCUUGAGACCGAGACGGACACGGAAACGGAACCAGAAACGGAGAUGACGAAUUCAAUACGUUUUCUUUUUUUCUUUUAUUCGUUUUUUGAUAGACCUAUUUAUCGUUUGAUCAUUGUUAUUUAAUUUUCUUUUUGUUAGUUUUGUUUUCUUGUCUUUUUUCUCUUUUUGUUUAUCAAAACCCCCAAAAAUUAAGUAGGGUGAAAUUUUCAAAAAAAUUAGUUUAAUUAAUUUACAACGAUUUUGUUUUUGAUUUUUUUGUUUUUCACAGUCACAAACUUAAGAACUUUCCUACCGACAAUACAAUACAUAAAUAAUACACACCAGCAUCUGCAUCUUUUGUUAUGAAUUUGCAUGUCUUUAGAAUAAUUUAUAAUAUUAUUGUUUUUCCGUCAGUUUUAUAUUUCUGAUUUGAUAUUGUUUAAAAAAAAAUAACUCUUCAAUCAACAAUUUACA